AUGCACAACUCAUCUUGCCCCAAGUGCGGUGUCAGCUUCAACGGCGACACCAAGAAGUGCGAUUCCUGCGGCGCCGUAAGUCGAAGGCCCCUUUCUCGUAAACCCCGUAUAGCUAGCUACCCUCAUAUAUAUAUAUACUUAUAUAUAUACGCAUAUACAAUAACCCUCUCUCACCAUAUCUUCCUCCCUAUACUUUACUUAUCCCAGCUCAAGCUUCGAAACCCGAAAAACUAACUAACAACAUCUCCAGACCUGCCCCGUGUAAACACACCACCACCACCACAUCCCCAACCAUGAAGACGUAGGAAUUACCCAAGGGGGAUACUGGAUUUUCCAUGGCGCCGCAAUGCCACC